CAUCCCGCCAAUUGCCCGUCUGCCGCAUUCCAGUCGCCUCGACAUACUCGCCACGUGCCGCCGGCUUCUGCGCGCUGAACAUUCGUCGGCCCCUUCAGCCGGCGCCUCACGUCUCGCCGCACUGCCGCCUGCGCGAGGCAGACUGGGCUCUCAUUGCUGCAUACACACAGCCUGCAGCAACCAUGUCAGAACCCAUCCCCGAGGCAAUACCCACAUCUGCCGACCCGCGCUCAAAGCGACCGGUCAAGAAGCGCGCUCUUACGCCUCGCACAGAGCAAGCCUCGCAGGUCGAAGCCCUCUUCGCAAAGCCCGACCGCGAGAUUCACAUCCCAGGCUCCGGCCCAGUCGCCAAGACCUCGUCCCUGCCCCCGGAAAUCGUCGCAAAUGUGCAGGGCUCAAGCGCGGGCGCGGGCAGUGGAGAGUUUCACGUCUACAAGGCGAGCCGGCGGCGCGAGUAUGAGCGACUGAGGGCCAUGGACGAGGAGGUGAAGAAGGAAGAGGAGGAGCGCGAGUUUGCCAAGCGGAAAGAAGAGCUGGAGAAGAAGGACAGGGAAAAAACCGAAAAGAACAGGCUAAAGAGGGAAAAGGCCAGACAAAGGAAAGAAAAGGCAAAAAAGGGCGGCAGAGGCGGAGAGGGGGGCGCGGGGGAAGGUGGCAAUGCGGAGGACAGCAAAGCAGGCCAUGACUCCGAGCAAUCAAAGAAGAAACUCGUUCCGAAUGCAAACGUGCCCAAUUCUGGUACCGGGGAAGAUGCAGACACGCGUAAUAGUGAGGCUGAGGUCAAAAAUGCCGAAGAAAUUGGAUUGGUCAUUGAAGACGACGACUGAGCUGCAUACACUGGCCCUCCUUACAUGGGCAGCCCUAAUCUUAAUCGAACAACAAUUCAUGAACACCUCAUCGAAGACACGUGCGCGCUAAAAGAGCCCAAGGUGUGGCAAUGGGAACCACUCAGCAUCUCGACGCUGACACGCCUUUACACGUUUAGCCUUGCGAGUUGCUAACUCCCCACCGCACCCCCGUGGCAACCGCAGACCACUACAUGUACACGGAGCUGCUUCCUAAAACGCCCAGCCUGGACGAUUAGACAUGCAAAACUGCCAUCUCCGCCGUCUGCCGCCAGGGUCCAGCCUACGUCGCAGCUUGUUAUUGUGCGCUGAAUUCACUCCCACUAUAUUCGCCUUGCGUUCACUCAA